AUGCCGCAGCGAGAGAAGUACUUUGCACAGCCGCCCAUUGAGCUGUUGCGGCAGUGGAUGGACCAUGGAGGAUGGUACGAGCGCAAGCCUCCCUGCCCCUUCCGCACCAUCGUGGAUACCCAGUUCGUGGCGGCCAUGGGGCCCCCGGGCGGCGGCCGCAACCCCGUCACGAACCGCCUGCUGCGCCACUUCCACUUCAUCUCGUUCACGGAGAUGAGCGACAGCUCCGUGGGCCGCAUCUUCACCACCAUCCUGGGCGCCUUCUUCAAAUCUGUCCAAGGUGGUUCAGGGGGUCAUGCGCGCCGACCCGCGUGUUCCCGCGUGUUUGAGGACCGGCUGAUCAAUGAUGAGGAUCAUGGCUGGUUUCGGAGGCAGCAGGAGACGCUGCUGCGGCAGCACUUCAACUGUGCUUAUGGAGAUGUGGUCACCAGCGAGCGGCUCAUCUUUGGGGACUUCAUGGUGCCGGGUGCCGACCCACGGGUCUACAGUGAGAUCACGGACCUGCCCCGCCUGGUCCGCGUGGUGGAGGAGUACCUGGAGGACUACAACUCUGUGUCGAGUGCCCCCAUGAAGCUGGUCAUGUUCCUGGACGCUAUUGAACACGUCAGCAGGAUUACUCGUGUCAUUCGGCUGCCUCUGGGUAAUGCGCUGCUUCUGGGUGUGGGCGGCUCCGGCCGACAGAGCCUGACAAGGCUGGCGGCGUUCAUGGAGGAGUACGACGUCGUACAGAUCGAGAUCUCCAAGGGCUACGGCGCCAACGAGUGGCGCGACGACCUGCGGCGGGUGCUGAAGAAGGCGGGGCUGGAGGGGCGCGAGACUGUGUUUUUGUUCACGGACACACAAAUCGUUCAGGAGAACUUUCUGGAAGACAUCAACAACAUCCUCAACAGUGGCGAGGUCCCCAAUCUGUGGGGCAACGACGACCAGGAGGCCAUCACCAGCGCCAUGCGUCCCAUCAUGACCGCCGCCGGCAUCCCCGUCACCAAGAUGAGCAUCGCCACCACCUUUGUCAACCGCUGCCGCGCCUUCCUGCACCUGGUGCUGUGCUUCAGCCCCAUCGGGGACGCCUUCCGCCAGCGUCUUCGCAUGUUCCCGUCGCUGGUCAACUGUUGUACCAUUGACUGGUUCAGGGAGUGGCCGGAGGAGGCGCUGAAGAGCGUGGCCACGUCAUUCUACACGGACGUUGAUUUUGGUGACGACAGCGGCCGCAUCAUGCGUGGCGUGGUGGACUGCUGUGUGGGUAUGCAUCAGAGCGUGGAGAAGAAGAGCAAGAAGUUCUAUGAUGAGCUCAGGAGGUACAAUUACGUCACUCCCACCUCGUACCUGGAGCUGUUGACCACCUUCAUCAAGUUGCUGACGGAGAAGCGCAACGAGAUCUCGGAGAAGCGGCGUCGGCUGGAGGUCGGACUGCAGAAGCUGCUGAACACAGCCGCGCAGGUGGAGGUGAUGCAGAAGGAGCUUCAGGACCUGCAGCCCGUGCUGGCCGCCACCGCCAAGGAGGUGGAGGACAUGAUGGUGGUCAUCACCAACGACAAGAAGGAGGCGGACGAGACCAAGAAGGUGGUGGAGCAGCAGGAGAAGGACGCCAACGAACAGGCCGCCCGUGCCAAGCAGAUUGCCGAAGAUGCCCAACGUGAUCUGGACGAGGCGCUGCCCGCCUUGGAGCGAGCCUUGGAGUCCCUGAAGAACCUGAGCCGUAACGAUAUUGUGGAGGUCAAGUCGCUGCAGAACCCGCCUGCGGGCGUGCGCACCGUUAUGGAGGCCACCUGCAUCAUGUUUGACGAGAAGCCCAAGAUGAAGGACGACCCAGCGAACGUUGGAAAGAAGAUCCCGGACUACUGGGAGCCCGCCAAGAAGCUUCUCAACGACCCCACCAAGUUCCUAGAGAACCUCUUCUCGUACGACAAGGACAACAUCCCUGACCACGUCAUCAAAAAGAUCGAGAGCUACAUUCAGCGCGACGACUUCACACCGGAGGCCAUUUCCAAGGUGUCCAAGGCCUGUACGUCCAUAUGUAUGUGGGUUCGCGCCAUGUACGUGUACCACAAUGUGGCUCUGUCGGUGGCUCCCAAGCGGGCCGCGCUGGCGGCAGCGCAGCAGCAGCUCGAUGCGACGAUGGAGGCGCUCAAGGGCGCCCAGGCCAAGCUUCAAAGUGUGGAGGACAAGAUCGCGGCCCUGGAGGCGGACUACGAGGAGGCCACCGCCAAGAAGGCCUCCCUGGCCCAGCAGGUGCUGAGGUGCACUGUGCAGCUGCAGAGGGCGGAUAAGCUGAUCGGGGGACUGGGCGGAGAGAGGGUGCGCUGGCAGGCCACUGUGGAUCAGCUGAGCCACGAUUUGGUGAAUGUGGUCGGCGACGUGGUCAUCUCCGCGGCCACCAUCGCCUACAGCGGCCCCUUCACUCCGCUGUACCGGGCGGCGCUGGUUUCGGAGUGGAGCGCCUUCCUCAAGGACGCGGGCGUGCCGGGAACACCUAAUGCCUCCUUGCUCACCACGCUGCAGGACCCCGUCAAGGUCCGCUCCUGGACCAUCGCCGGCCUCCCCACCGAUACCCAGUCCGUGGAGAACGGCAUCAUCGUGUCCAAGGCCAGGAGGUGGCCGCUCAUGAUCGAUCCGCAGGGUCAGGCCAACAAGUGGAUCAAGAACAUGGAGCGAGACAGCGGUCUCGACGUCAUCAAGCUGUCGGAUCGCGAUUUCCUGCGCACGCUGGAGAACGGAGUACGAUUUGGACGAGCAGUGCUCCUUGAGAACAUUGGCGAGGCCCUGGACGCGGCGCUGGAGCCCCUACUGCUGAAGCAAACCUUCAAGCAGGGCGGCAGCGAGGUCAUCAAGAUCGGCGACAACAUCAUCCCCUACCACCCUGACUUCCGGUUCUACAUGACCACCAAGUUGCGCAACCCGCACUACGCCCCCGAGGUGUCCGUGAAGGUGUCGCUGCUCAACUUCUUCGUCACGCCGGAGGGUCUUGAGGACCAGUUGUUAGGUACGGUGGUGACUCAGGAGCGACCUGACCUCGCAAACCUCAAGAGCCAGCUGGUGGUAUCCAACGCCAAGAUGAAGAAGGAGCUGUCGGACAUAGAGGACCGCAUCCUGGCGAUGCUGUCCGCCUCCAGUGGCAACAUCCUGGACGACGAAGAGCUCAUCAAUACACUGGCGCAGUCCAAGGUGACCUCCAACGAAAUCGCCGCCAAGGUCUCCGAGGCGGAGGCCACCGAGCGUGAGAUCGACGAGACCCGGGAGCUGUACCGCCCCGUGGCGCUGCGGGCCUCGCUGCUGUUCUUCGCCAUCUCCGACCUGGCGCUGGUGGACCCCAUGUACCAGUACAGCCUCACCUGGUUCAUAUCCAUGUUCGUGCGCGGCAUUGAGGAGGCCCCCAAGGCAGCCACCGUGGAGCAGCGGGGGGAGAACCUGAACGAGCACUUCACCUACUCGCUGUACGUCAACAUCUGCCGCUCCCUGUUCGAGGCCCACAAGCUCAUGUUCAGCCUCCUGCUCACCAUCAAGAUACUGCAAAACCAGAAUCGUAUCGACAGUCGCGAGUGGCGGUUCCUGCUCGCGGGGCCCACCAGCAGUGAGCCCACACAGCCCAACCCCGCGCCCGACUGGCUGACGGACAAGGCCUGGAACGAGCUGCUCAAUCUGAGCAAUUUGCCCAGCUACAGGGGCUUCGCAGGAAGGUGUCUCCGCCCCGACAAGGUGACGGGUGCUGUCCAGGCCUUCGUGUCCGAGCACCUGGGGCAGAGGUUCAUUGAGCCGCCGCCCUUCGACCUGGCCACGUGUUACAAGGAGAGCUCCCCCUCCGUGCCCCUCAUCUUCGUGCUGAGCCCGGGCGCGGACCCCAUGGCGGAUCUGUUGAAGCUAGCCGACGAAAUGAAGUUCAGUCGCAAGUUCGAGAAGGUGUCACUGGGGCAGGGGCAGGGCCCCAAGGCCGAGAGGCUGCUGGAGGCGGGCAUGGAGAGGGGCAUCUGGGUGUGUCUGCAGAACUGCCAUCUGGCGGUUAGCUGGAUGCCCACCCUGGAGCGCAUCGUGGAGGGUAUCUCCCCGGACCGAGUGCACAAGGACUUCAGGCUGUGGCUCACGUCGAUGCCCAGUCCGGACUUCCCCGUGGCCAUUCUGCAGAACGGUGUCAAGAUGACCCUGGAGCCCCCCAAGGGCCUCAAGUCCAAUCUUGUACGGCAGUAUAACCGCCUAACGGACUCCUAUCUAGCCGGCUCGUCGAAGCCGGACGAGUGGCGCCGACUUGUGUUUGGAUUGUGUCUCUUCCACGCGGUCAUCCAGGAUCGUCGCAAGUUCGGUCCCCUUGGCUGGAACAUCCGCUACGACUUCACGGAUGGUGAUCUCAAUGUGUCACUGGCGCAACUGCAGGAGUACUUGGACAAGUACAAGGAGAUCCCUUUCAAGGUACUUCGCUUCCUGUUCACGGAGAUCAACUACGGCGGCCGGGUGACGGACGACAAGGACCGCCGUCUCAUCAACAACCUCAUCUACACCUUCUGUGGACCGCAAGUGCUGCAGCCCGGCUACGCAUUCAGUCCCAGCGGCACCUACGCCACACCCCCUGAGGUGGUGGUUGGUGUCAAGGACCACCUAGAGCUGCUACGCGCCUACCCCAUCGUGCCCAAACCCGAGAUCUUUGGACUGCACGAGAACGCCGACAUCACGUGCGACCAGAAUGAGACGUACGACAUGUUUUCGACGUUGCUGGCGCUGCAGCCGCGCAUUGCGUCGGGUGGCGGCCAGAGUCAGGAGGCGGUGAUCGGCUCCCUGGCCUCCGACAUCCUGGCCCGCCUGCCGCCCCAGUUCGACGUGGAGGCGGUCAUCGCCACCUAUCCCACCACCUACAAGGAGUCCAUGAACACGGUCCUCACGCAGGAGUGUAUCCGCUACAACAACCUGCUAGCCGUCAUGAAGCGCAGCCUGGCGGAGACCAUCAAGGCGCUCAAGGGUCUGGUGGUCAUGAGCCCCGAGCUCGAGGGCGUCGCGUACAGCAUGUACGACAACCAGGUUCCGGAGCUGUGGGCCUCCCGCGCCUACCCCUCCCUGAAGCCUUUGUCCGCUUGGGUCGUCGACCUCCUGGAGCGUUGCACCUUCAUCACCAACUGGGUGGCGCGCGGCACGCCUGCUGUGUACUGGAUCAGCGGUUUCUUCUUCCCGCAGGCCUUCCUGACGGGCACCUUGCAGAACUUCGCUCGCAAGUACACGUACCCCAUCGACACGGUGUCGUUCGGAUUCCAGGUGAUGGACAGCCUGGAUGAGGGGCGGCUGGCAGGCGGCCCGGAGGACGGGUGCUACAUCCGGGGGCUGUUCAUGGAGGGCGCGAGAUGGGACUCGCAGACGCACGUCAUCUCGGAGUCGAGGCCCAAGGAGCUGUACACGGAGAUGCCCAUCAUCUGGCUGAGACCCGAGCAGCACCGCAAGAAGCCCGGGCCAGCGGAGGCGGCGGCCAACGGCGGCAUCGGCAUCUACGACUGCCCCGUCUACAAGACUCUCACACGCGCCGGCACUCUCUCCACCACGGGCCACUCCACCAACUUCGUCAUGUAUCUGGAGCUGCCAUCAGACCAGUCACAGGGCCACUGGAUCAAUCGGGGUGUGGCGUUAUUUACAGGCCUGGCGUUCUGA